AUGGCCAGGCUGUCACUUGAGGAGCUUGCCACGCUGGCAGUCUGCCGUGAUUUAAUUCGCCGACCUUCAAGCUACCCGCCAUCCAAGCUCGCACGUCUCUCCCCACACGUGCUGCAGUCUUUGCUCCACGUGCUCGUGCACGUCAGGGAGCUCUCCCUGCCGCUCCUACAAGCACUGCCCGCGCCACUCCUUGAGUCCCUGCCACUGGCGCAUUACCCCAACCUCAACGAUCGUUGGCUGGAGCUGCUGUCGCCCCACGCGCCCACACUGCUCUCCAUCGACCUCUCCUUUGCUGCUGCUAUCACAGACGACGCGCUGGCUCCUCUUGCUGCCUGCCACCAUCUCACCUCUCUCAGCACACGUGGCUGCAACCGCCUGUCUGCUGCUGCUCUCGCUCACGUUGCCAAUUUACCCUCCCUCACCCACCUGAACCUGGAAAUGUGCGGCCUGCUCAAAGGGGGGAUGCGGCACCUCACAGGGCUCUCCUCCCUCUGCACUCUCAACGUGGGCUGGUGCACAUCUCUUGACGAUGACGACAUGGCAGACAUAGCCCACCUGUCUUCACUGCAAUCCCUCAAUGUCUCCCGCUGCAAGAUCACAGAUCUGGGCCUCACGGCUCUUCUGCAAGCUCUCUCGUCCCUCACCAGUCUCAGCAUGGCGGGCUGUCAGCAUGUGACGGACACUGCUUUCUCCCUCAUCUCUGGCGUUCACGGGCUGACUGAGCUCAACGUGGAGUGGUGUGCACUUCUCACCAACACGGGUCUAAAGCACCUGCAAGCUCUCACGCGUCUCACAUCAAUUAACCUGGCCUACACACGCUUUGGCGUCAUUGACACGCCGCGCAACAGGAGCAUGCAGAGCGCGCCUUCCUUCAUCUCCUCGCUGCGAUCUCUCCGCCACCUCAACCUCGACUCAUCACGGGUCAAUGACCUUGCUAUGGCAGAGCUUGCAGGUCUCACUGCCCUUGAGAGCCUUGAUCUGUCGGACUCCACAGUGGGGGAUGCAGGGAUCCGCAAUGUCUCUGCUAUGACUCGUCUCUCCACUCUCAACCUCAGCUAUUGCAACGUCACCGACGCCGGUGUGACCAGCAUCGCUCACCUCUCCAACCUCACCUCCCUCUCGCUCGACACUCGCUCCAUCACAGAUGCCGGGCUGAAACGCCUGUCAGCCCUGACCAACCUUACCAGCCUGGACCUGUUUGGAGCACGGGUAACGGAUGAAGGCAUGGCAGUGGUCAAAGGCUUCAAGAAGCUGCAGGUGCUGGAGGUGUGUGGGGGCGGCAUUACGGACAAGGGAGUGAAGGAGCUCGCCUCACUGCCCCGUCUGGCCUCCCUCAACGUCUCUCAGAACCUGCGUAUCACAGAUGCCGGCGUCAAGGCUCUGGCAGCGCUCACAUCUCUGGAAACCCUCAACCUGUCGGGAUCAGGAGUAACCCGGAACGGUCUCGCCCACCUGCUCGCCCUCUCCCGCCUCACCUCACUCUCCCUGCACGGCUGCAAGGUGCACAGAGCACACCUGAAUCAGCUGCUCGUCUCCCCUCUAUGCGACUGGGACCCAAGCCUCACUGUCACGGGCGUCAACUGA